AUGAAUGGAGUCGCCUUCUGCCUGGUCGGGAUCCCGCCCCGCCCGGAGCCCCGGCCCCCCCAGCUGCCACUGGGCCCGAGAGAUGGGUGCUCUGCUGGACGCCCCCUCCCCUGGCAGGGGCCGCGCACGCUGCUCCUGCACAAAAGUCUCCAGGAUGGCUUCGGCUUCACCCUGCGUCACUUCAUCGUAUACCCACCGGAGUCGGCCGUGCAUUGCAGCCUGAAGGAGGAAGAGAAUGGAAACCAAGGAGGAGGACCCUCCCCUCGGCACCGCCUGGAGCCCAUGGAUACCAUCUUUGUCAAGAAUGUGAAGGAUCACGGCCCCGCCCAUAGGGCAGGGCUUCGAACAGGAGACCGGUUGGUGAAGGUGAAUGGGGAGAGCAUCAUUGGCAAGACCUACUCCCAGGUCAUUGCUCUGAUCCAGAAUAGCGAUGAUACUCUGGAGCUCUCCAUCAUGCCCAAAGAUGAGGACAUCCUCCAGCUGGCCUACUCCCAGGAUGCCUACCUGAAGGGAAACGAGCCGUAUUCCGGAGAGGCCCGCAGCAUCCCAGAACCACCUCCCCUCUGCUAUCCCCGCAAGACCUAUGUCCCCCCAGCCCGGGUCUCCACCUGGGCCACUAUGGUGCGUGAGCCCCUUUCAGCACUGCCCAGUGACCCCCGGAGCCCCGCUGCCUGGAGCGACCCAGGGACCCGAGUUCCGUCUGCUGCCUGUCCCCUUCCAGACUACCCUUCCUUGGGGAUGAGCCAGCCCCGCCCCAGCCCUGGUGCCUUCCCCCAUCUCCCCUCGGAGCACCGGACGCCCCGUGCCUUCCCAGAGCCUGGCAGCCGGGUGCUCCCCAGCAGACUGGAGUGCCAGCAGGCCUUGUCGCACUGGCUGUCAAACCAGGUGCCCCGCAGGGCGGGGGAGAGACGGUGCCCAGCCAUGCCACCCCGGGCCCGCAGCGCCUCCCAGGACCGGCUGGAGGAUGUGAUUGCCCAACGCCCAUGGCCCUGCUCCACCUCCCAGGAUGCCUUGAGCCAGCUGGGCCAGGAGGGCUGGCACCGAGCCCGCUCGGACGACUACCUGAGCCGGGCUGCUCGGUCAGCUGAGGCACUGGGGCCAGGGGCCCUGGUGUCACCCCGCUUUGAGCGUUGUGGCUGGGCUUCCCAGUGUCCAUCUGCCCGCCCCUCUGCCUGUCCAGCUCGGGACCUGUCGGGGCCUCAGGCCCCACCCCCACCCAGCCUACAGGGCCUGGGCGACAUCGGGUACAUUGGCUACCGGAGCUACAGCCCAUCGUUCCAGCGCCGGACUGGCCUCUUGCAUGCACUCUCAUUCCGGGACUCACCCUUUGGGGGGCUGCCCACCUUCAAUUUGGCCCAGUCCCCUGCAUCACUCCCACCAGAGGCUGCUGCUGAACCUCCCAGAGCUGUCCGGCCAGAGUCCAGUACCAGGGCCCUGGAGCCUCCCACUGAGGAACGUCGUGAUGAGGUAGUCCUGAGGCAGAAGCCUCCGACAGGCCGCAAGGCCCAGCUGCCCCCUGCAAGACAGAUGAACCUCGGGUUUGGUGAGGAGUCCACAGAGCCAGAGGACAGUGAGCGAGGGGAGCGGCCAGGCAGGAAGGUGGCCCCUUUGGCUACUACCGAAGACUCUCUGGCUUCCAUCCCCUAUAUUGAUGAGCCCACCAGCCCCAGCAUUGAUCUCCAAGCCAAGCACGUACCUGCCUCUGCGGUGGUCUCCAGUGCCAUGAACUCGGCCCCUGUCUUGGGCACCAGCCCUUCCUCCCCCACCUUCACCUUUGCCCUGGGCCGCCACUACUCCCAGGACUGCAGUAGCAUCAAAGCUGGCCGUCGCUCCUCCUACCUGCUGGCUAUCACCACGGAGCGCUCCAAGUCCUGUGAUGAUGGACUAAACACCUUCCGGGAUGAAGGCAGGCCUCUGCGGCGCCUUCCAAACCGAGUACCCAGCCUGCGGAUGCUCCGAAGCUUUUUCACUGAUGGGUCCUUGGAUAGCUGGGGCACCUCCGAAGAUGCUGAUGUCCCUUCUAAGAGACACUCAACCUCUGACCUCUCAGAUGCAACCUACAGCGAUGUCAGGAGAGAAGGCUGGUUGUAUUAUAAGCAGAUCCUCACCAAGAAGGGGAAGAAAGCGGGCAGCGGCCUGCGCCAGUGGAAGCGGGUGUACGCUGCGCUGCGGGCGCGCUCGCUCUCGCUGAGCAAGGAGCGGCGGGAGCCCGGGCCAGCGGCGGCGGCGGCGGGGGCUGCGGCGGCCGUCGCAGGUGAGGACGAGGCGGCGCCCGUCUGCAUCGGCUCCUGCCUGGUGGACAUCUCCUACAGCGAGACCAAGAGGAGGCACGUGUUCCGGCUGACCACCGCUGACUUCUGUGAAUAUCUCUUUCAGGCUGAGGACCGGGAUGACAUGCUGGGCUGGAUCAGAGCGAUCCGGGAAAACAGCAGGGCCGAGGGCGAGGACCCCGGCUGUGCCAACCAAGCUCUGAUCAGCAAGAAGCUUAAUGAUUACCGAAAAGUGAGCCAUAGCUCUGGGCCCAAAGCUGAUUCUUCUCCCAAAGGCUCUCGCGGCCUGGCGGGGCUCAAGUCUGAGUUCCUCAAGUCUGAAUUCCUCAAGUCCGAAUUCCUCAAGUCCGAAUUCCUCAAGCAGAGUACAGUUCGUGGCCUCAGGACUCAGGACCUGCCUGCAGGGAGCAAGGAUGACAGUGCUGCCACUCCUAAAGCCCCUUGGGGCAUCAACAUCAUCAAAAAGAAUAAGAAGGCAGCCCCAAGAGCAUUUGGGGUACGGCUGGAGGAGUGCCAACCAGCCACAGAGAACCAGCGUGUCCCCCUGAUCGUGGCUGCGUGCUGUCGCAUUGUGGAGGCUCGGGGGCUGGAGUCCACGGGCAUUUACCGAGUGCCUGGCAACAAUGCUGUGGUGUCCAGCCUGCAGGAGCAGCUUAACCGUGGUCCCAGUGACAUCAACCUGCAGGAUGAGCGCUGGCAAGACCUCAAUGUAAUCAGCAGCCUGCUCAAGUCCUUUUUCCGGAAGCUGCCCGAACCUCUGUUCACGGACGACAAAUACAACGACUUCAUCGAGGCCAAUCGUAUUGAAGAUUCAAGGGAGCGGAUGAAGACGCUGCGGAAGCUGAUCCGGGAUCUCCCAGGACACUAUUAUGAAACACUCAAAUUCCUUGUGGGCCAUCUCAAGAUCAUUGCUGACCACGCCGAAAAAAACAAGAUGGAGCCCCGGAACCUGGCCCUGGUCUUUGGUCCAACUCUGGUAAGGACAUCUGAGGACAACAUGACGGACAUGGUAACACACAUGCCUGACCGCUACAAGAUUGUCGAGACCCUGAUCCAGCACUCAGACUGGUUCUUCAGUGACGAGGAGGACAAGGGAGAGAGAACCCCUGUGGAUGACAAAGAGCCUCAGUCAGUGCCCAACAUCGAGUACCUCCUGCCCAACAUCGGUAGGACGAUGCCUCCUGCUGACCCAGGUUCAGAUUCUACCACCUGUAGUUCAGCCAAGUCCAAGGGCUCGUGGGCCCCCAAGAAGGAGCCGUAUGCCCGGGAGAUGCUGGCGAUCUCCUUCAUCUCGGCUGUCAACCGCAAGCGGAAGAAGCGGCGUGAGGCGCGGGGACUGGGCAGUAGUACCGACGACGACUCAGAGCAGGAGGCACACAAGCCCGGGGCGGGGACGUCGGUGGCAGGGGCCCAAGACCAGCCGGAGGGGCAGCUGCCAGGCGCCGCUGUCCCCGAGGUCCCCGAGCGCCUCAGCCCCCCGGCGGCUCCGGAGGAGCGGCCGGCCGCGGAUACGCGCUCCAUAGUCUCGGGCUACUCCACUCUGUCCACCAUGGACCGCAGCGUGUGCUCGGGAGCCGGGGGCCUGCGGGCGGGCGCGGGGGACGAGGCGGACGACGAGCGCAGCGAGCUGAGCCACGUGGAGACGGACACCGAGGUGGGCGCGGCGGGCGCGGGGUCCGGGGGGCGCCUGACGCGCCGGCCCUCCUUCAGCUCACACCACCUGAUCCCCUGCGACACCCUGGCGCGGCGCCGCAGCCAGGAGUCGCUGCGCCCCCCAGCGGCUGCAGCGGCUCUGGGAUCGCGGCCCUCGCGCAUCGAGGCGCUGCGACUGCGCCUCCGCGGCACGGCCGACGACAUGCUGGCUGUGCGGCUGCGGCGGCCGUUGUCGCCCGAGACGCGGCGGCGCCGGAGCAGCUGGCGCCGCCACACGGUGGUGGUGCAGAGCCCGCUGACUGACCUCAACUUCAAUGAGUGGAAGGAGCUAGGCGGCGGGGGCACCCCGGAGCCCGCGAGCCCUCGGGCUCACAGUGACAACAAGGACUCGGGCCUCAGCAGCCUGGAGUCCACCAAGGCGCGGGCCUCGUCGUCCGCCGCUUCGCUACCGCCCGCGCUGGGGGAGCUGGGGCCUUUGCAGAGCCAGCCUCCGCGCCGCUCGGCUGCCGCCCGCCUCCACCAGUGCCUGUGA